CACUAUAGAAUGAAUGCCACAAUGGAAUCUCAUGUACUUAUCACUUAUCUUCAUCAUUUGCCAGCUCAUGGCCCCCGCCUCCUAGAUUAUUUUGCAGCAAAUCCAGACAUCAUAUCAUUUCAUCUAUAAAUUAUAAGUGUACUUUUACAAGGUGGAUUUACUCUUUGUAGCUAUCUUAUGUUGGAACAAAACCUGCUCUAAUUGACUUUGCUUUAGAAGGUGGUUAGAUUAUUAGGAUAGAGGAGUCAGUAAUUAAAUUUUGUUUUUGUUUGUUACACAGGAGUCCAGGUCUUACGUAAAAUGGAUGUUUCUCACACUAAAUACUGAAUGUUAAGUAGAAAAUCUAUUUAGUAAAAUCUAAGCUGCCAUGGAAGAAAUACCAGUAAAAGUUGCUGUAAGAAUUAGACCUCUGCUGUACAAAGAAGUUCUGCAUAAUCAUCAAGCUUGUGUGAGAGUUAUUCCAAACACUCAGCAGAUUAUCAUUGGGAGAGAUAGAGUCUUUACUUUUGAUUUUGUUUUUGGCAAAAAUUCCACUCAAGAUGAAGUUUAUAAUACGUGUAUAAAGCCACUGGUGUUGUCACUCAUUGAGGGCUAUAAUGCAACCGUUUUUGCCUAUGGACAAACUGGAUCUGGGAAGACGUACACCAUUGGAGGAGGCCAUGUUGCUUCAGUUGUGGAGGGUCAAAAGGGUAUCAUUCCUCGAGCUAUCCAAGAAAUAUUUCAAAAUAUCUCUGAAAAUCCUAGCAUUGACUUUAAUAUAAAAGUGUCUUAUAUAGAAGUAUACAAGGAAGACCUAAGAGAUCUUCUAGAACUGGAGACAUCUGUAAAGGAUCUUCACAUCCGAGAAGAUGAAAAAGGAAACACAGUGAUUGUUGGGGCCAAGGAGUGCCAGGUGGAGAGUGCAGAUGAAGUGAUGAGUCUCCUGGAGAUGGGGAAUGCAGCCAGGCAUACAGGUACCACCCAAGUGAACGAGCACUCCAGUAGAUCACAUGCAAUUUUUACUAUCAGCAUUUGUCAAGUGGAGAAAAAUGUAGAGGCGGCUGAAGAUGGAUCGUGCUAUUCCCAUCGGCAUAUUGUCUCAAAGUUCCACUUUGUGGAUUUGGCUGGAUCAGAAAGAGUAACCAAAACGGGGAAUACUGGUGAACGGUUCAAAGAAUCCAUUCAAAUCAACAGUGGGCUGCUGGCUUUAGGAAACGUAAUAAGCGCUCUUGGGGACCCACGCAGGAAGAGUUCACAUAUUCCAUAUAGGGAUGCCAAAAUUACCCGGCUUCUGAAAGAUUCUCUGGGAGGCAGUGCCAAGACUGUCAUGAUCACUUGUGUCAGCCCAUCCUCCUUGGAUUUUGAUGAGUCCUUAAAUUCUCUCAAAUAUGCCAACAGAGCACGCAACAUUAGAAACAAACCCACCUUAAACUUCAGCCCUGAGUCAGACCGUAUGGACGAAAUGGAAUUUGAGAUUAAGUUGCUUCGAGAAGCUUUGCAAAGCCAGCAGGCUAGUAUCAGCCAAACCAGCCUGAUCCAUCGAGAGGAGACUCCUGAUAAAAAUAGGAUCCAUUCUCUUGAGGAGCAAGUAGCUCAGCUACAAGGAGAAUGUCUGGGUUACCAAAAUUGUAUAGAGGAAGCCUUUACGUUCCUGGUGGACUUAAAAGAUGCUGUGAGACUAAACCAAAAGCAGCAACACAAACUACAGGAGUGGUUUAACAUGACUCAGGAUGUCAGGAAGGCGAUUCUCACCUCCUUCAGAGGAAACCAAGGCAGUGGAAACCUGGGAGAGGAACCACAGCAUAUUACAGUUCUCCAGCUGAAACGAGAGCUUAAGAAAUGCCAGUGUGCUCUCGCUGCUGAUGAAGUAGUAUUUAAUCAGAAGGAGCUGGAGGUGAAGGAACUAAAGAAUCAGGUGCAAACGAUGGUACAGGAAAACAAAAGACAUGUUGUAUCUUUGAAAGAAGCACAAAAAGUGAACAUAUUGCAGAAUGAAAAAAUAAUAGAGCAACAACUUCUUGUGGAUCAACUGAGUGAAGAACUAACAAAACUUAACCUAUCAAUGACUUCUUCAGCUAAGGAAACUUGUGGAGAUGGGCCAGAUGCCAGGAUACCUGAAGAGAGACCAUAUACUGCACCAUUUGAUACUCGUUUGGGGCAUUAUAUUUAUAUCCCAGCAAGAUCAAAUUCAAGGAAGGUCUACACAAGUCCUUCUGUGUACUCUCUGGAUCGAGUAGUUGCCGGAUUUCGAACACGAAGUCAGAUGCUGCUCGGUCACAUAGAAGAACAAGAUGAAGUACUCCACUGCCAAUUUUCUGAUAACAGUGAUGAUGAAGAAUCAGAAGUCCAAGAGAAAUCUGAAAUUAGAUGUAGAAGUCACUCAUGGAUUCAAAAGCCAUUCAAAAAGCCAGACUCUGUUUGUUCUCUUGUUGAAUUGAAUGAUAUUCAGGAUCAAACACAAAAGUCAAGUUUGGGGAAUGAAGAUUUAAAGAUUGACUGUCUCCAGGAAAGUCAAGAGUUGAAUUUGCAAAAAUUAAGGAAUUCAGAACUCAUACUUACUGAAGCUAAACAAAAGAUGAGAGAACUUACAAUUAACAUCAAGAUGAAGGAAGAUCUGAUUAAAGAAUUAAUAAAAACAGGUAACGAUGCCAAGUCUGUAAGCAAACAGUAUUCUCUGAAAGUAACAAAACUUGAGCACGAAGCAGAACAGGCGAAAGUGGAAUUAACUGAAACACAAAAGCAGCUACAGGAACUGGAAAACAAAGAUCUUUCUGAUGCUGCUUUGAAGGUAAAAUUACAGAAGGAGUUCCGUAAAAAGAUGGAUGCUGCAAAGCUAAGAGUCCAGGUCUUACAGAAGAAGCAACAAAAUAGUAAGAAAUUGGCAUCACUGUCCAUCCACAAUGAGAAACGUGCUAAUGAACUAGAGCAGAAUAUAGAUCACAUGAAAUUUCAAAAGGUACAGCUGCAAAAAAGACUUCGAGAAGAAAACGAAAAAAAGAAGCAACUGGAUGCAGAAAUUAAGCGGGAUCAACAAAAAAUCAAAGAACUAAAAUUAAAAACAGAACAGGAAGAAGGUCUAAAACUGAAAGCUGAGGAUCUAGAUGCAUUGAAGAUGAAAAGGAAAAAAGGUUCGUUUGGAAAUAUAGACCAACUCCAGAAAUUGGAUGAGCAAAAGAAAUGGUUAGAUGAAGAAGUAGAGAAAGUUCUGAACCAACGCCAAGAAUUAGAAGAGCUGGAAGAAGACUUAAAGAAACGGGAGGCUAUAAUUUCUAAGAAGGAGGCCCUGUUACAGGAGAAGAACCACCUGGAAAAUAAGAAGUUGAGAUCUAGUCAGGCCUUAAACACGGAUAGUUUGAAAAUAUCAACUCGCCUGAACUUGCUGGACCAAGAGUUGUCUGAAAAGAACGCGCAGCUCCAGAGCAGCCCAGCUGAGGAGAAAAUAAAGAUUUCAGAACAAGUUCAAGUCCUCCAGAAAGAAAAGGAUCAGCUACAGAGACGAAGAAACAGUGUGGAUGAGAAACUUAAAAAUGGUAGCGUGUUAUCACCUGAAGAAGAACAUGUUCUUUUCCAACUUGAAGAAGGAAUUGAAGCUUUGGAAGCUGCAAUUGAAUAUAAGAAUGAAAGUAUCCAGAGUCGCCAGAACUUGCUCAGAGCUUCAUUACAAAACCUCUCUCAUAGUGAAGCAGAUGUCUUGGAAAAACUAAUUUGCCUGAGUCCUACUGAGAUUAGAGCUAUUCUUUUCAGAUAUUUCAAUAAGGUGGUUAAUUUGCGAGAAGCUGAACGGAAACUACAGUUACAGAAUGAAGAAAUUAAAAUGCAGGUUCUGGAACGAGAUAAUAUAGUCCGUGAGUUGGAAUCUGCACUGGAACAUCUGAAAUUGCAGUGUGACCGGAGACUGAUGCUCCAGCAAAAGGAACAUGAGCAAAAAAUGCAGUUGCUGUUACAUCAUUUCAGAGUUUUUGGAUUAUUUUUAGAUCAUGAUGCUGGAGAUGGAGUCCUGAACCCAGAAGAAGCAGGUGUGGUUUCAGAAGAAUUAAAAUGGGCCUCAAGAACUGAAAGUAUGAAAUUAAGUGGAAGGGAAAGAGAAUUAGACAGUUCAGCAAGCAGCUUAAGAACACAACCAAAUCCUCAGAAGCUCUGGGAAGAUGGACCAGAAUUACCUCCAAUUUACAGCUCUUUAGCACCCACUAGUGGAUAUUUGUUAAGCACUGAGGAUAAAACAGAAAUAGAUGAAAAUCAGUUUACAAAAUCUCAUAAUCGACCCUCGCCCCAAAUUCAGCCAGUGGGAAAUGUGGGACAGCUUCAUGGUGUCACACCUGUAAAGUUGUGUCGCAAAGAAUUACGUCAGAUUUCUGCCUUGGAACUAUCAUUACGACGUUCCGGUCUUGGAGUUGGGGUUGGAUCUAUGACUGCUGAUUCCAUCGAAGUAGCUAGGAAACCGAGUGACUUAAAAAUUUAGGCAUUUAAUAAUAGAACUUUUAAUUUAGUAGAUGUGUAAGAUUCCUUUUUCUAACCUGUUAAAGUUAAAGCUUAAGCUCACUAGCUCUUCCCUCAGGAUAAAGGAAGAAGGGAAGGAAGGAAUCCCUAAUCCUUUGUACACUAUAGAUGUAUAUAUCUUCUGUAGUACAUUUGAGGAGUUUUAAUGAGCAUUUACCUAAUAACCAGACACACUUUCCAAUACUAUCAAGUAAUGGAACAUUUAAAUAUUUCCACUUAUAAAUUUGCUUAAAAUGUUUUCCAGGUGUAUUUGAAGAACAAAACUAAGAGUAGAAUAACAAACUAAAAUAUCCAUCAAAUGCAUAUUAUUAUAUAAUAUAAAAGUAUAUUAUAAAGUAUAUUAUAAAAGUAUGUUAUAAUACAAUAAUAUAAUAUCUUAUGUUUGUAUUAUUGUUAUUCUCAAAUACAGGUAUGUUUUUGUUAUUUUAAAAAGAUCCAAUUAAAUAUUGCUUGUAUCAGAGAGAGAGGCACCUGCUGCAUAUGUUUUGGCACAGCUGAAAAUUUAUGCCAAAAUACAGUCUGUGGGCUAAGGCAACUGGCUGGGUUUAUGGAUUAAAGUUAAUUUAUGGUCCUCAGAGACCACAGAGGUUGAGUGAUUCAGUUUUGACUUUUUAAACAUGGUCUUUGCUCUUUUUCUGGAAUUGUUUUUAGAAUAUUAUUGGUUUGCUAAUAUUUGGAAUAUAUGUUUUCAUCUCUCUCCUGCCCUGUCUAUUCAACAUCUCUCUCAUUGUGCUAAGAUUGGGGGAAAUGGAUGCAGCUCCAUGGAACAGAGACACGAUGAUAGAAUAACACUAAAGCAUUCUAACAUUUCAAGGGAAAGGUGUCUGCCUGUAAAGCUUGAAGUCUAGCCAGAGGAUCUUUAGCUAAUAAGCUGAUGGGCUUAAUCUGAAAUUUUUCUCUACAACCUGCUUAGUCAGGACUUGCACACAGGCCAGAUGCUGCAGCGGUAAAUAUGUAAAUGAACAUUUUUCUUCAAGAUUUUUUUCAUCUAAAUCUUAUAAACUUCAAUUUGGAAUUAAGAACUAAACAUUGAUUUGCCCCACAAGUACAGUUUGUACUUUUUCCUCAUAUUUUUCAAUCAUAGAAAAUAUCCCAUUAUAAUGACCGGAGGUUUUAUUUUGUUACUUAUGUUUUGUUACUUUUCCAAACUUUCACUUGUAAAAUAAAAUUGUUUCUUAAACUGAUUAAUGUUUGUGUGGGACAGUAGCCAAACCACCCUGACUUAUGGAUGCCUACUCAACUAGAGUUACCCACUUCCUUGCUGACUCCAUUUUUUUCUUAUCUGAUGUUGCUACUAAUUUUUUUCUUUUGUCCUUUUCUCUGUUGCUGUUGACCCUGACCAUAUUACCUAAGACUCAAACAGUCACCCUGUGCUCAAAGUUUUAAGGUUUUGUUUUGCUAGUUUCUAGCCCGUGGAGAGUAGGGUUCCUUGGUCCCACUGCUAAAAACCAGCUCCUGUAGGAGAAGAGAACCAAACCAAAACAAACUUCUAAAUUGGUGAAUAGUUUUUGUCUCGCUCUUAAGCAUGGUACUAAAAUUCACUUAAAUUGUGGCUUAAAUAAAUUUCUAUGGACUU